UCCAGAGGUCAAGCCCGUCAUUUCCUUCAGCGGGAGAGCAACCGACCUCUCUUUCCUUCACUCAGCAGAUAUCUUAGCAUGAAGGAGGUGAAGAGCGAGCGGGAGCGGGGAAGCCGGCGAAGGCACCGCGACGGUGACAUGGUGGCGGCGGCGGCGGUAGUGGUGAAGCAGGAGCGCCUCAGCCCGGAAGCCGCCCCUCCUCCCCACCGCCGCCCGGACUCCUCCGGCGGUAGCCCGUCCCCGCCAGCCAGCGAGCCGGGCCGCCCUGGUCACCGCGGGAAUCGAGCCCGAGGAGGUAGCCGGUCCCCAGCCAAAAAGAAAAUCAAGUCCUCAGGGAGAAGAAGCAAGUCUCCUCGGAGUAAGAGAAGCCGAAGUCCUCACCACUCAGCAAUCAAAGUGAAACAGGAACGUGAGGAUCAUCCCAGGAGAGGACGGGAGGAUCGGCAGCACCGGGAACCGUCAGGGCAGGAACACAGGCGAGCUAGGAACAGUGACCGCGACAGGCACAGGGGCCAUUCCCACCAGAGGAGAACCUCUACCGAGAGACCUGGGAGUGGGCAGGCUCAGGGACGGGACCGAGACAUUCAGACCCUGCAAACUCAGGAAGCAGAGCGCGAGUUUUAUAAUGCCCGACGGCGGGAGCACCGCCAGAAGAAUGAAGUUAGUGCCAGUGGUAAUGAGUCUCAGGAGGUGGUUCCUCGACCUGGUGGCAACAGUAAAGACAAAGAGGUGCCCGUUAAGGAAAAGCCAAGCUUUGAACUUUCUGGGGCACUUCUUGAGGACACCAACACCUUCCGGGGUGUAGUCAUCAAAUAUAGUGAGCCCCCAGAAGCACGUAUCCCCAAAAAGCGGUGGCGUCUCUACCCCUUUAAAAAUGAUGAGGUGCUUCCAGUCAUGUACAUCCAUCGGCAGAGUGCUUACCUCCUGGGUCGACACCGUCGCAUCGCAGACAUUCCAAUUGAUCAUCCCUCUUGUUCAAAGCAGCAUGCAGUCUUUCAGUAUCGGCUUGUGGAAUACACCCGUGCUGAUGGGACAGUUGGCCGCAGGGUGAGGCCCUACAUCAUUGACCUUGGCUCAGGCAAUGGAACAUUCUUGAACAACAAGCGCAUUGAACCACAGAGAUACUAUGAACUGAAGGAAAAGGAUGUAUUGAAAUUUGGGUUCAGCAGCAGAGAGUAUGUUUUGCUUCAUGAGUCCUCUGACACCUCUGAAGUAGAAAGGAAAGAAGAUGAGGAUGACGAGGAGGAGGAGGAAGUAUCUGACAGCUAGCAAACUAAGGAACAGCCCAAACUCUUGAGAGACUGUUUCUUUUUUUGAAGGCUUUGGGAUUGACUCAAAGAGCACCACGGUGCUGUCUCUAAUGCCUCUGAUUGCCUUAAGUCUUUCCUCUGUUCUUGACCGCCUUAUGGUACAGUGUAAGAAAACUGUCUUAUGUUUGUUUGAACUUUCUUCUGUGGCACAUCAGCCAUAUGCCUGUGGGCACUUGUUUGAGAAUAGUCUCACCAACACAUCGUGUUUUAGUGGAAGCAUGUGGCUUUAGUUGGUGCUUUCAGAACUGCUGCCUAGAAAACUAUAAACCCUUAGUCAGAGGGGAGCUAUGGCUUGUCCUCUUUGUACAGUUACUUUAUUUAUAUAGUUGUUAAGCUUUGUGGACCAGGUGUGAUUUUGUUUUGGGGGCAAACCCCUGAGCAGAGAAUCUUACUAAGCUUUGGUUAUCACCAGAACAGCCUCCAGUACAUACCAAAGCUUUGACCUGGUUGAGCUCUUGAGUCAUAGAAAUUGAUUUUGCACUUCGUUUUUUGGGGGUGGGAAUUUACCACCUGACCUCAUAUUGACUGUUGGACUUAGGCAGAUGCAUUAUGGAGCCUGCUUAAGUAUGUGACUGUACAAGAAGAUCAUGGCCACUGCCAGUGGGUGCUGAUUUAUAAUGAGAGGUUGAAAAUGGGUCGUGGGUCUGUUCCUGUGAGAGAAUACUGAUUUUUCCAUGGAGCGUGUACAUAACAAUUUUGAUGAUCUUACCUGUUCUUCAACUUCGCGUUUUUAUUCAAAUGUUACCUCUUUUCUUCCUUUUUUGAGAAACACACUGUUGUUAUGUAGCAGGGUCCUUGCUUUAUUCUAACAUCAUGUAUACAUCUAAAGGAGGUUGUGUAGUUUAUAUGUUUGAUCUUUUUAAAAAACGUUCAGAGAGGCUCUACCUUCCCAAGGCUGGAAAGCAUUGGAAUUGCCCUGUUUCCUAAUUUUUCACCGGAGGAGGAAUAUGUGUAAGUAGAGAAAUCCUAACUACUUACAUAUAUUAUUUGUGUGUGUGUACAUAUAUAUAUAUAUAUAUAAAGUGUGUGAAAGAGCAGCAUACUGAUUUUCAUAUGAGAAUGUUUUGUGAUGUAAAUGUAAUGCUACAUUAUAGGCAAAGGCCUCCUGCAUUUGAAGAGCAGGUUUUCAUUUAUAUGUAUUUUGGGGAUAAAAAAUAAUAAAAUUUGUAAAUAUA